CUUGCAGCUUGGGAGCGGUCGUUUUCCUGUGAAGGGUUCUGCCUUCUCAUACUGCACUGCUUGUUUCCUUGAGUGCAACACCUCGCGAAACAGCUCCUGCAUGCAAUUUCUUCUUUGCUGUCGACGACUGGUGCUUACCUUUCGCUUCCACUUGAGUUUCCCAGGAGCUCCUCAGCGUUUUCCAGUUGUCAGAAGAGCUUGAACUCAGCGACUGGCAGUCACGGACGAACCUUUCUGCUGGCCGAGAAGUGUUGCACGGAGUCUGGUGCGUUCCAAGAACCGGCGUUACUAGAGUUUCCUUGCGGCGGUGUCUGGCAAACACAAGUCUUGUGCAAGUUGAGGAUUUAAACUUCAUUAGCUGUUUGCCGUACUCUUUUUCCGAAUCCGCCGCUGACAGCGGCGUUUCGGCGCCGUCACUGACAUGCCCCCUGCCAACCUCCUCCACGGCGCAAUUGUCAGUGAAUCCUCUUCGCCGCGACAGCUGGCAAAAUCGACGGUAACUGAGUCUUUUUCCCACCCUGUUGUCUGAUGCAACGCGGUUUUCGAAGAGUACUGCUUUUCUGCAAAACUGACGGCGCACUGUUGCGCUCCGUCCGUUUUCCGCUGGGAGUUUUCCUUCCACAAUGAAGGCGAGAGCCAAAGCACGCGGCGCGGCACCCGCGGCCGACGGUUCCCCUGCUGAAGACGGCAAGAAAGUUCUCUCGGAGAACGUUCGUCGACUCCGAUUCAUGCAGGGGAAAUCCGCCUCUGGGCACUGCGCCGCGAACUCACAAGGGGCGUCCUCGCAGCGGCUUUUCCACCAGCACCAGCUCAAGUUGCUUCAGCAGCAGCAGAAGCAGUUCUGCCAGCUGCAGAAGCCACAGGAAAGCUCACGCAAAGACCCACGGGAGGGCGCCUCUUUGGGUGUUUCGGCAUCCCCCGCAGAACAAGAUGUCGCUGGAUCUGCGCGUCCCCCUUCUGCCGCUUCUGCCACACAGAGCGCAGAGGAGAAGAAUCGACAGAUCGAGCAACUCAACGAACUGCGAAAGCACUGGUGCGCCCCAGGCUGGGAAUGCGCAGAAGACAUCUACGCCAUCCAGCAGCAAGACGACAUGCAGAUGCUCCUCCACAUCGGGCAUCCUUCUCUCGAAGCCAAGCGACGCGCUGCUGCACUCGUCCUCUCUCGGCGAGCAUAUGGCGGAACGAAUCCGUUCGUGGAGUCGAACAUGCGGCGAAUAGAGAGGAAGGUUCUUCAACUCGAGAGACGCCAGGAAGAAGAGAAGGAAGCAAAGAGGUGGAAAGCUGUUCACAGCGGCAGACAAAACGUUUCCGUUCUUUAAAGGAAAGUGUGUGCGAUGAAAAAAACGACAGGUUUCCUUCCUCCGAGAAGGCGACGCGGGGUCCCCCCGUGUCGGGUUUCAACAGGUGCAAGAAUGUCUUUUCUUUUUCGCGUUCGUGCUGUCUCUCUGUACGUUUGUCGUGAAUGAUCCAGACGCCGUCUGGGUCUUUUUGGUUUGGGGAGAGACAGCUGGAUGCACAGCGCGCGCUCGUCGGGGGAUGCGCGUCCACCUGACGUAGGUUCCGCCUCCAUAACAGUUUCACGAUACACAUGUCUCGUCUCCUGCAUGAACUGGACAUUCAGACGUCCGCGCGCGCGCAUGCAGACGAUCUGGUGUCCGCCCCCCGGCCUCCGGAGCGGUACCCACUUCGUUGCGUGUCUGCGGUCGUUGAACUCGUACUGUUUCUCAAGGACGCAUUCCAGUACUGGGGAUUCGAGAGCGCAGCUCACGCGCGGAACUUUUGCCGUUCGGUCUGGCGACACACACAGGUUUUUGGGACUUGCAGAAAAUACCUAAAUACGUCCUAUCCAACACAGAAGCAGCUCGCGGCUCGAGACAGACUCCCGAAGCAUUCAGACGAGGAAGGAACGCCGGG